AUGGCACUGAAUUUAAAAGAAUUAUUACCGCCGCCGGUGGCUUCCGAUUAUGAGGCGAAUCAGAUUCGACGCGAUCCGUGGUUCGGCGCCAGAAUGGAACCGUCGACAGCAUUGGUUUCGAAGGCAAUUCCACCGUAUGGAAGCAGAAAAAAUUAUAGGCCUCGUGGGCCAGAGGAUUUCGGCGAUGGUGGUGCGUUUCCAGAGAUCCACAUGGCCCAAUUCCCGCUCGGGCUCGGAAUGAGUGAUCGAAAAGGCAAACCCGAUAAUCAGUUGGCGCUUCAGUACGGCGCCGACGGAAAAUUGCAGCACGACGCGAUUGCGCGCGUCGGACAUGCUAAAGACAAGACUAUUUACACCAAAUUGGCGGAUAUGAAAGCGAAAACGUGGAACGAAGACGACGACGAUAUUCAGAAGCCCGACGAGGAGAAAGUGGCCGACGCGACCGAAAAGACAAAAAUGGCGCUGGAGAAAAUUAUCAAUGCAAAGGUGGCUUCAGCAUUGCCUGUACGACAUGCUGAAAAGCAGGCACCAGCGCAAUAUAUUCGGUAUACGCCGAGUCAGCAGAAUGAGGCGCUUGGAGCCCAACAGCGCAUAAUUCGAAUGGUGGAAGAGCAGAAGGAUCCGAUGGAGCCGCCGAAAUUCAAAAUCAACUCGAAGAUUCCGCGAGCGCCGCCGUCGCCACCGGCGCCCGUCAUGCAUAGUCCGCCGAGAAAACUGACCGCCAAAGAUCAGAAUGAUUGGAAAAUUCCGCCGUGCAUUUCGAAUUGGAAAAAUCCGAAAGGGUUCACCGUUGGUUUGGAUAAACGAUUGGCGGCUGAUGGGCGCGGUCUUCAGCAGACGCAUAUUAAUGAAAAUUUUGCGAAAUUGGCGGACGCCCUGUAUAUUGCCGAUCGAAAAGCGAGAGAAGCUGUUGAGACGCGAGCGCAACUUGAACGACGAGUUGCGCAGAAUAAGAAGGCGGACGAGGAGGAGAAGAUGAGGCAGGCGGCCGCCAAGGCUCGAGAGGAACGUCGCGGUCUGAUGCGCAAAGACGACGAGGCUGACGAGCAGGCGAAAGCGCGCGAGGAGAUUCGACGCGAUCGUCUCGACGACAUCCGAAAAGAGAGGAAUAUCGCGCGAUCGCGGCCCGACAAGGCCGACAAACUCAGAAAAGAGCGCGAACGCGACAUUUCCGAGAAGAUCGUGCUCGGUUUGCCCGACACGAAUAAACGCACCGGCGAUGUGCAGUUCGAUCAGCGAUUGUUCGACAAAACCAAGGGGCUCGACAGCGGCGCCAUGGACGAUGAGACAUACAAUCCGUACGAUAAGGCGUGGCGCGGUGGCGACAACGUUCAACAGCAUAUCUAUCGGCCGAGCAAAAAUAUCGACAAGGACAUUUACGGUGACGAUUUGGACAAGAUAAUGAGCCAGAAGCGAUUCGUCGCCGAUAAAGGAUUCUCGGGAGCCGAGGGAGGCAGUCGCGGCGCCGGACCGGUUCAGUUCGAGAAGGAUCAGGACGUGUUCGGAUUGUCGGAUCUGUUCGAGCAGGCGAAGGAGAAGAAGCGAGGCGGCGAAGGAGGUGAUCGGAGUGAUUCGAAGAGAUCUCGAAGAGAUUAA